CUCCUUGCCUCUGCCUACUGGCCGGAGGCUUUUCUCCCACGCACAGACCUCCAUAAAUUAAGCUACAAGGUGGGCUCACCUCGACACCUAGCCACGCAAGCCUGCCGGACCUUUUGCACUAUAGCCAAAUUUACCUUAGUAUAGGCAUAGCUGUGCUGGGAUGGUUUCCACCCGCUCAUAUACACAGUGGUAGUGUUCCUUACUUCCUUUGCGGCGGCGGUCCUAGCUAGCAUUACGUGCGAGAUCAACGCAAAGGAUUAUAGCUUAUUUGGACUGCACGUCAACCUGAAUUGUAGGAAGCACGGAAAUGGAGUAGGCAUUACAUCAGCGAGAUGCCUGGGCGGCCAGGCGCCCUGACAACACCGCUCUGCUGACGGUCAUCAAUGGUUAACAAAAAAGGAAAGGGGGCUAAGGCCAAAGGGUCUAAGCCCCCUAUUAAGAAGCCCCAACAGGUGACGGUAAAGGACCUCACGCAGCAGUCACCGCAGGAGCGAGUCGCUCUGGUUCGACCUCUUUGGGAGACAUUGCAGCUGGAUGAGAGGGCUAAGCUGCUGUCGAUUGACCUGGAGGGCGUGCGGGCGCGUGCAAAGCAGUUGGCAGAGGCAGCUCGUCAACAGGCUGUUGCGGAUGCACCAGAAGGAGAGCCUCUGGACCCAGCGCUUUUGGAGCUAGAACCAUCAAUAGAAGACGUGCUAGAGGAGGGCAUUAGGCGCCUGAAGGAAAAAGGGACUUGGAAGCUGUGGCAGUGGCCAGCUGACAACACUUCGGUCUACGAUGCCGAGUCCUUUCGGCAGCAUAUCACGGAGAAGCACAUCCGUGAGGAGCUCCGCCGGUUCCUGCCCCGCGAAGAGGGCAGGUCCACGGAGAAGCCAGCGGAAGCGGCGUUCAGGCAGCGCAUGCUGGACCUGCUGUCAAAGGUCCAGCAAAGCAACAGCUCGAACAGCCUGCGACCCACGGUAGCGGCGAGCGGCGAUGAGUCCAGUCGCGCAUACCGCCGCCGGGGCGAGUCCGGCUCGCACCUGCGCGACGCCAACAUCGAGCUGCUUGCGGUGAUGCUGGAGGCGCUCGCGAAGGAGAACGACCACCUGUACCACUCGCUGCUGACCCCCAUCACCACCUACGUGAUGGAAAUCCUGCCGGAGGGGCACCGGGAAACCACGAAGCUGGAGCUCAGCUUUGAGGACUUGGAAAACCUGUUGGCGGACGAUGUGUCGCGGAUUGUGGAGUGGCUCACGGAGAAGGUGGAUGCGCUGUCCACCAAGCUGAAGCCGGAGCAUAAGGAUGACGAUGAGGAGGAGGAGGAGAACAUGGGCGACGUGGACCUGUGGGCCCUCACGGAGGACGGCAGCUGCGUUACCGUGAAUGCCAAGUGGCUGCAGCACUUGCAGCAGGAGCGCGUGCUUGGCGAAGACGGGCAUCCGCGCCGCGCAAAGCCUGGCGAGGACGCGGGCCGCAACGGUCUGGUCCUGGAGUGGGUGUACGGCAGCAUUGUCAGCACGGCCGAGAAGGCACGUGACGGCGCCAAGCGCUGCCUGGGCAUGCAGCCACCCACUGCUGCGGACGCGCACCUGACCCUCCUCAGGGCGCUUGACGAGCACUUGUCUUGGGAGACGCGCGCGAAGCAGUGCAAGGACUUCCUCAGUGAGAUGCUGAAGAGCCGGCUGGAGGUUGCGGAGCUGGCUAAGCAGGGAUACGACCUGCGCCCGCAGCCGAAACGGGACUUGCCUGGCAUGGGCGACGGCGCCUCCAUGCCGCUGCUGCUGGAGGACGGCGGCGCGGGCGGUGCUGCUGCGGGCGGCGAGUCCAAGCCGCUCACUGACGAGGUCAUCCUGUUCAUGCUGCGUCGCGAGGCGCUGCUCACGCGCGCCAAGCUGCACUUCCUUAUCUUUGAGCACCUGAUGCAGGAGAAGGAGCUGCGCAUCCUCAAGCAGGCGCUGCGACAGGGCGAGCCCGAGUUUGAGCGUCUGAAGCGGGAACUGGACGAGGUGAAGCACCAGCCGCGGGGCAUGGAGGGAGCCUACCGCAGCGCGGCGGAGAUGGAGCGACACAGGCAUCAGCUGGAGGUGCAAACCGCGUUCCGCGAGCAGGGCGCCCGACUGCAGGCUACGUACGACAAGAAGCAGAAGGCGGAGUACGAAAUGGCCAAACGGGAAACCGAGAUCAAGCAGCUGCAGGGCUGGAAGGGCACUGUUGACAACCUGGUGGACAAGUUCCAGGAGCUCAUCAACACACGCAACGAGCGACUGAUGGCGGCGAACGGCGGCGCGGACGGCACGGCGCCCAAGGAGGGCCACGAGGCGGAGACCGAUCUGGAGGCUGCCUCAGGUGCGCUGACGCCGCAGCAGUACAUCCAGCUCACCAAGAUGCGCAACCACUUCAACAAGGACGUGCGCAAGCAGCUGUACGGGGACGCGGACGACCGGGCGUUCUUUGACAAUCUGAAGACCGCUCUCAAGGCCAUCGAGCGGCGGCUGGAGGACAGCUCCGUUGCGCUGCAGCACCUGGAGAUGCAGCUCAUCAACGUGGCGUGCGACGACCCGGGAGCCAUCAUCGGUGCGCAACUGGCGCUGCCGCUGCUGCAGGAGCGGCUGGACCAGCGGGGGCUGCAGUACGCGGCGGAGCGAGCCAAGUUGGCGGAGGAUGAGGUGCUGCGCAUGGAGCUGCUGGCUGCCGAGCGUGAGGCUGCCGAGAAGGAGCGUAAGAAGGCUGCCAAGGCCAAGAAGAACGAGAAGGCCAAGAGCGAAAAGGAGCGGCAAGCGGCCGAGCGGCAAGCCAAGGAGCAGGCCGAGCGUGCCGCACGGCAGGAGGCGGAACGGGAGCGAGUCAUUCGCGACGAGGAAGAAAGGCGCAAGCGCCUGGAAGCCGUGGAGGCCAUGCGCAAGGCGGAGGAGGUGGCCAUGGAGCAGCGGCGCAAGGAGCUGCUGUCCGACGAGAACGGCUACUGGCGGCAGCGCAUGAUCCUGGAGGAGCGCAUGGCGGGUAUGGGCAUGGGCGUCAGCGCCAGCAGCGGCAGCCGGGAUGGCGUGGGGGCGGCGUCCUCACCCGAGCCGUCGGAGGAGCCGGAGGCGCCGGGGCCAUCCCAGGAGGACGCUCGGCGCACUGCGGAUGACGACGAGGGCUUUGUCACGGAGAGCCGCCGCCGCCGCCACAAGGACACACGCGACCAGGACGAGGAGGUUUCCGGCUCCUCCUCCUCCGCAGCAGGGGCAGCAGCAGCUGGCGCUUCUGGCGGCGGCGGCGGCAGUGGCAGCUUGCGCUCAAACCUGCGCAGCGGCAGCCGUGACCGCGUGGGGCCUGCGCGUGAGGGCUUGCCCCCUCGUGAGCGCGGGGAGCACAACCACCGUGGCAGGGAGCCCAGGCGACAGGGGAAUCAGGCGCCAGUGCCGGCGGCGGCGCGCAGGAGCGGCAGUCGCGAGGCUGGCAGCGGGCGGCAAGGCGGGCCGCAAGGGGGCCCAGGCGCUCAACACGGGUCCCGAACGGUAACGCCAACGCCUUUGCCACCAACAGCGCCCCCUGCGGCGGCGCAGCAGCCGACGCCUGCCCAGGCUCCCGCAGCAGUGCCGGCGCCUGCUCCUGAGGGUGCACCUUUGCCGGCACCAGCGGAGCCCAAAGCAGCGGCAGCGGCAGCAAGCGCCCAGACCAGCGACCAGCCGGCGGCUCCGGCGUCCCCAGCCCCAGCUCCGGCUCCGGCGCAGCAGCAGCCCGCUGCAGCCUCAGCCUCCCCGGCGCCCGGUCUACGUAGGCCCAGUCCAGCUGCAGUGCCGGAGGAGGCCAUCCUGUUUGGGGACAUUGCCGUGAUCCCAACUGCCGCUGCCCCCGCAGCCCCUUCGCCACCGCCUGCCCGCCCCACCACGAUUCCUAUUCCCGUACCCGUGCUCCCCGCAGCAGCAGCUCCGGACAGCCAACAGCCAGCUGCAGCACCCGCACAAGCCGUCCCGUCGGCUGUGCCGCAGCAACCCCAGCCGACCGCCAAGCCCGAGCCGACCGGUCCACCUCCUCCUCCUCCCAGCACCGGAGCUCCGGCGCCUGCAGCGCAGCAACAGCAGCAGCCCCUGCCUGGGCCACCAGGCGGCCACCCAGCUCCUCCCAAGGGUCCUCAGCCCAGCCAGCCGCAGGCUCAUGUUCCCGCCGUGGCCCCAGGGCAGCCAGUGCACCACAUGGGCCCGAUGCCGCCCAUGCCUCCCAUGGUUCCGGGGCCGCCCCCUCCGCCGGCGAUGAUGCCUCCCAUGCCUGCAGGAGGCCCGCGGCCGCAGGGCGCACCCUCGGCAUCCCCGCAGCCUCCCUUCCUGCACGUCAAUGGGCCCAUGCCCGUACCCAUGCCCGCUCCGGGCGGCCCAAUGCCCCCCAUGGGCCCCGUCCUAGCCAAGCAGAUGCCAGGGCCGCCGCCUGGCACGAUCCUUGUCCCUAUUCCGGGGCCGCCCGGCGCUCGGCCUCACAUGCCGGGUCCUGGCAUGCCUCCAGGGCCGCCUCAGCCCGGCAUGCAAGGCCCGCCGCCGCCCCAGCCGAUGAUGCAGGUUGCGCCGCCUCCUCAGCAGCAGCCGGGGCCCAUGGGGCGUCCGCCGGGGCCUAUGGGGCCGCCGCAGGGCCCCAUGCACGGCAUGCCGGCACCGGGUCCGCAAGGAGGCAUGGUAGCCGUACCGCACCCGCAGGGACCGGGGCACCCCCAGCAUGGUCAUCCUGCAGGCGGUGCCCCCCGUGGUGCUCCUGGGGCGCCUGGGCAGCACAUGAUGGUGCAGCCCAUGCAGUUCCCAGGUCCCAUGCACGGCGGCGCGAUGGCGAUGCCCCACGGCCAGCCACCCAGCGGACCCAUGGGUCAUGUCCCGCCGCAGGCCAUGUACGUCUUCCCUCCUGGCGGGCCGGCAUUGGUCCAGCCGGGUCCGGGCGGGCCGAUGCCUGGCCAUCCGCACAUGUUGCAUGUGUUGCCGGGCGGUAUGGCGAUGCCCAUGGGUGGGCCACCGCAGAUGAGCAUGCAGCAACCGCCACAGCCGCAGCAGCCCCCGCAGCAAUCUGUGCAGGGCUCGCAGCCUCCUCCUCCUCCUAAGAGCCCAUCUUCCAGCAGCGGCGGUGCCAAGCCAAGCAGCACGCUCAACGCCAACGCUCGUUCAUUCGUUCCCUCAGGCAAGCCUGCGGCGCCAUCUAGCAGUGCCGCCAGUGUCGCCCAACCAUCGCAGCCGCAACAGCAGCCAGCUGGCAUGCCCAGCCAGCAGCAAGGGCCACGGCCACAGUACCCGCGACCAGGCGCUACCAGCGAGGGUGUCGUGCAGGUGCUUCCGCCACCCAGCCAACAGCCUCACCUGCAAAGCCACCAGCCGCAGCCCUACCGUCCGUCGGGCCCGUACGGCGGGCCAGGUCCUGCAGGAGGUCCGUACGGCAACCGCAGGGAUCGUCGUGAGGGGCCUCGCGGCGGCAGCGGUCCGCGUGACGGACCAGCGGGCGGUAUGGCCCGUAAGGGCCUUCCCGUUGGUCCAGGCAGUCAACACGGAGCUGUGCCGCAGCCGGUCGACAUGUCCGCAGGGCAGCCCAUGCCGCCGCCUGCGCAUGGCGCCCCGCACCCGCUUCCCAUGAUGGGUGCGCCCUUGAUGGUGAUGAUGGGUCCGGGUGGGCCCAUCCCGGUUCCUCCGCCACCCAGCAUGCCACACGACCCAGGCAUGGAGGCGGUCGACGGAGCGGUCGAGCGUCAACCUCGCGACGCGCCGGACGGCACCGCUGAGGACCCAGGCCGCGCUUCUGCUGAGCAACCUGGCGUGCAGCCAUCGCACGCGCCGCCGCAGGUUCCGGGACCCGCUCCUCCGCCUCACCAUGUUGCACCGCCGCCACCGCCCGGCAUGGCGGCUCCCGGCCACGGCCCGCCGCGCAUGAUGCUGGUGCUGCAGCCGGGCAUGCCAGGCCCGGUGCAGGUACCCGCACCCAUCCCCAUGAUGCCAGGGCCCAUGAUGCCCAUGCACCUGCCGCUAGUCAUGCAGCCGGUCGCCGGGCCGCCUGCUCCGGGACCGAGCGAUGGACCCAUGCAAAAAAACGGGUCGGCAGCUGAGUCGGUGAGGGCGCCCCGUCAAGCGCAGUCCUCGGCCUCCGCCGCCUCUUCUGAGGCGGACGGCAAGGGCGCGAGUGACGGGGGUGACUCAGCUGCCACGGCUUCGGCCACAGCCCCAAACACGGUAACGAACGAUGGUCAAAGCAGUUCGCAGGAGGCGCAGGCUGCGACGCCGGCGAAGCCGGCUCAGCCAAGCAUUGCGGAGACGCUGGCCGCACCGCCAGUGCAGGAAGGAACAACACAGCCCACAGCAUCGCAGCCAACAGUAGAAGUGGUGGCUCGUGACGCGUCUCAGCAGCCGUCACCUAGCGGUGGAGCGGAACCGCGGCGCCAACAACAGCAGCGGCGGGGGUCGGGAUCCGGCAGCUCCUCAGCGGCGGCGCCAGCUGCCGCGGCGCCACCACCCGGCCGAGGUGCGGGCGGAGCAGCGGCGCCGACGGCGCCAGCUGCCACGGCGGCCGCUCCCAGCUGGUCUGCGGUAGCUGCCCGACGAGAAGGCGGCAGCAUGGCGACCUGCAGCACUAGCAGCAGCGGCAACGGGCAGAACGGCGCAGACGCUUUCCCAUCCCUGGUUGGCAGCACUGUUCCGACGUCAUCCUCGUCCGAUGCCGGACAGCACCCACACCCGCCCGCAGCCGCGUCAUCAUGGAAGGCCAAGCUGCAGCAGAACGCAGCGUCAUCGCAGCAGCAGGGACUCGCGACGGGCGGCAGUGGCGGCGGCAACCGUUCACCGGGUGCAACGGCCAACGGUAACAGCCCUAACGUGCUGCGCGGCGCUAGUCCCCGGGGAACCCUGCAUGGCGGUGUGCAGCUGGCAAGCAGCCUGUCCGACUCGGCAAUGGCUCACAGCGGCACCGGCGCCGGCACCGGCUCUCCUCUGCUGCUCCGCCCGGCUGGCAACCGUCCGUCGGGGCCUGCGCUGCUGACUGGACCGCCAUCGCAGCUGGUCGGCAGCCUGUCGCUCUCACCCGCAGCAGCAGCUAACAGUAGCGCUGCCGGCGGCGGCGGCGGCGGCUCCUCGGGCGUGGUGUACCAUCCAGGGACGAGCGGCGAGUCGCAGCGGCUGCAGCUGGUGCGGGGGUUGCAGAACCUGGGCGGGCAGCACAACUGCUUCCUCAACGUGACCAUCCAGUCGCUUUGGCACCUGCGGAGCUUCCGAGAUGCGGUGUUGCGUAUGGACGUGGAGGGCAUUGCAGCGCGUGGUGCCGUGGCUGCUGACGUUGCGGUGUUGCGUGCCCUGGUGGGGGUGUUCCGAGCCAUGGCCGCGCCCCUUGUGGCGAGCGGCGGCGCUUCCAGCACCGCACCCUCGGCGCCCUCAUGGGUGGUGUCGCCGCUGCCGCUACGGGAGGCACUCAGUCUGCUGGAAACCGGGCAGUCGGCCGUACGCCUGGACCUGAGCGAGAUGCACGACGCCUUUGAGGUGCUGCUGGUGCUGCUGACGUGCAUGCACCGAGCGGAAGCGGGCAGCUGCGCUUCGCAGGGUCAGGACCCGCAGCUGCCGCGGCGUGUGCGCGUGCGGGACAUUGCAGCUGGCCGGGCCGGCGGCGGCGCGAAAGCGGCUACGGCUUGGGGCGCGGCUGCCCCUGCCAACACCGCCAUGGCCAACGGCUUCCACCAUGCAGCGCCGUCAACGGCAACACCGAGCGGUUACGCUGCCGCCGUGUCUGGUGGCGCCGCGUCGCAGCAGGCGCGCGGCAAGGUGGAUUCGGCUGUGCCGAGCACUGCAGCGCACAGCCUGUUUGGCUUGGACGUGCAGGUUCCCUGUACGGCAGAGGAAGAGGACGCCAGCGGCAACUGCAGCGGUGGCGGCAAGGAGCGUCAGCAUCAGCCACAACAGCGCGGCCGGCGCGAGUCUGGCUGCGAUGAGCCCUCCACCGCGUCCUCACAUGCGGCGGCGGCUGCGCAUGCUCCGCUGCACCUGCCGUACAGCGCCGUCGCGCGCUCCGGUGGCAGCUACAGCAGCGGCAGCCGUGGCGCCGCCGCUGACGAAUCCGCGACGUCGACGACGGCGGCAGUGGCGGAGGUGGAGGUGUACACCAAGUACUUCCACCUCGUCCAUGCACAAGCGCUGCGCAAGGCAUUUGCCGCGCUGGACGGCUCUGUAAGCGGGGCCUACUUCGAGGACGUGCUAUGCGCCGCGGAGGCUGCUGGUAGCCCGGCGUCGACGGCGAGCCUCUCCAACGGCAGCGGCGGCGGCGCUUCGCGCCGCUCCGGCUCCGCCGCCGGUACGCCGACGGCCGCCAGCUUGGCUCAUGCUCACGGCUGGACCCCCGGCGCCACCGCCGCGGCGCACCCGCUAGCGACCCUUCUGCGCUUCCCUGCUGUGUUUACCUUGGCGCUGGUGUGGGAGAGCCCGCAGGCGCCUCUAGACGCGCUGCGAGGCACGUUGGAGGCGCUGGGCCCGCGGGUCGAUCUGGCGCUGCUGUUCCGGUGCGGCAGCGGCUCGGGUGCGGCGACGGGCGCGGGCGUGAUGGGGCCUGGAGGUGCAGCGGCGGCGGCACCGGCGUCGGCGUCUUGCGAGUUGCGGUCGGUCAUUUGCUACUUUGGGCACCACUACCUGGUCUUUGCAUUGAGUGAGGAGCUGGGGUUGUGGCUCAUGAUCGACGACGCCAACAUCCAGCUGGUGGGGCACUGGAGCGAUGUUGUCAAGGCCAUGGUCGCAAAGAGGCUGCAGCCCUCGCUUCUCUUCUACGAGACGGAGAGGCUUCAAGCACCGGCGCAUUAAGGAACGGCUCAGGAAGCGUAGCGCGCCUACUACAUAGUUUACAGCAUCUUCCACCACGUUGAAUGGGGAAAGGGCAUCUGUGGUCAAUAGGCAGGUUGCAGGAGGGAGGUAGUAGGAGGUAGUUUAAGGCGCUGUUACGGCUGAUGCGCAGUGGCGCGGCUACUAUGGCUGAGGCUGAGGGCUGUUCGCAUGUGCCGGCGGCGGCCCGAAGUAUUGCCUUUCCGGUCCUAUCUUGGCGGGUAUGUUUGCCUGAAAGUUAGCGGUUAGUACGUAACAUGGCGCGUCGGCCUCUGGGGAUGAAAGGAUGACAAACUGUCCUUCAACCGGUGCCAGUUGACUUGUGGCUUGACUUGUGGUCUUUUGCAUGCGUCAUGCGCGUCGGCUGUGGCUGACAAAAUUAAGAAACGCAGUUCAAUGGUGGGUUGGAGCUGACGUGGGUUCUGAGCUCCGAGUUCUUGUAGCGGAAACCAUGGUAUAUGGGUAGUAAGCGGCAUGACACGGUUGUGUGGACCUGCUUUUGUUGUUUUUUCGCCCAAGAAGCCUUUGAUCGCGGUCGGACAAGUUGUUUUUCGCACCUUUUUGGCUUGGCGGUAGUGUUGCUCUUACUAGACUUCAGCAAGACCAUUGAGCCGGUAUAUAUCUUCGGGUCCUUGUGCGUGUUCUGUUUAUCUGUUACCUAGUGCCACACAUGUUGCGAAUUGAGGGAGGGUGCAGGGGUUUUGGUCAUGUGCUUGCAGGAUUUUGAAACGCAGCAAAGUAGGAACUGCAUGCGAUCGGUGGGCGCGAGCAGCAAGUUCGGCACCUAGCCGCGCCACCGCCCGCCCUUGUGGAGAUUAAACCUUAGCUAAUAGACGAGUAGACGGAACAGGCAUGCGGUGGGGAGCAGAGGACAACCUUUGGUUGGAGAGGUGCUCAGGCAGCUUUCGGUCGUGCGCGUGUGCACAUAUCGGCGUAAAGUCUUCAAUUUGACUUUCUAACAUGUGGCUCGGGCACCGGGCAUGAUACAGUUCACCCGGAGGCCUUUUGUCGGUUGGUGCGACGGUGGAAGUAACCCCAGGGUAGCUGAUUGGUUCCGGUUUCGGGAACUUGACAAGUGGAGGAGACUGUGUCUGGUUUCGAUGCGUAUGGGCAAAUAUUCCUUGAGCACAGCCUAUGCGCCAUGGUUUGGCAGCGCAGCUGUCCGCUGGGAGACAUGAGAGGACAAAAGGGAUACGCUCAGUUGUCCGAACGUAGCCCAACUUGACGCAACGUGCACGCCAACAACUUGGCAACUAAAGGAGGGCUGAUGUGUUAGCAAGGUUUGGUAGCAGGAUGUGCAUGCCGGGAAGCAAGCCAUGCGCCACAGAUGCUGGGCAGGCCCGGGUCGUGUGAAUGUCACGACCCGGGUGGUAUUUUGUUGUGGCGUUUGUGUGUUUGCAUGGCAGCGGCACCGCGAUUUGGUGACGUAACGGAUGCGGGCAGCCGUUUUGGGGCUGUACUGCUUAGAAGCCGGUAUUGAGGCAGUGUUGUAGGGGCAGGGGCAGGGCUGAAGAGACCCAGUAGGGUAGUAAGGUCUGUGAGUAUUGCCACGGCAUGAAGAGAGACCUCGGAAUGGUGAGGCACGGUUGUGGAUGCAGGCGUCGGUUUUGCAGUUACGCCUGAUCCGGCGCAAACCCACAACAUAAGAAGCGUAUCCUGGGCUAGCAGCAGAAGUCUUUCCGUUGUUGUCAUGGACUCCAUGAGGGCUGCUUGGGCGGCAUCUGCCCACUGACAGGGCUGGUUCCGUUUUGACCCUUUGAGGUUAUGCCAUGCUCGUCAGCAAACGGAGCAGCGGUGCCAUUUUGACAUGCACGUCAUGUCUUUUUUUAUCUGAUGGCGCCUGGAGCGGCUGCAUUAAGCCCCAAGGACCGAAAGGGCCCGCUUCGUGCGUGGGUUUGACUGGGGGGAAACAUUCGCCUGCCGUUGCGCUGUUUGGCAUUCUUCAUAAUUGCUGUGGUGGUUUGCCGUGUGCUGAUUGCCUCGUGGGCAGGUUACAGACAGGGCUGGCCUGCAGUCACUGCCCCUGGAAUGUCGUAGUGGUGAUUGACAGGAGGAAGAUAUGCGGGGAAAUGGUCUUGCAGCGUGGUUGUUGUUAUGGGCCGUUCUGUAGGCGAAGCGGAGCGAUGUGUAACGAUCUUGCUCAGCUUUGGAUAUACAGCCCGCAGCCCACAUUGUCUCAAUACCAUAGCUAGACGGCACCACAGCAUGAGCAUUAUGGCGUCUCGUCUUCCGG